CGUGGGGCAGGAGCUCCAACUCGGGGAGCUCAGGCGGCCGGAGGGGGCGGGGCCUCAGGCUAUGUGAUUGACGGGAGCCGAGGACGCCCGAACGCUGAACCCCUUAUGUUCGGGAGAGGGCGGUGCUGCGGUUCGGCUGAGCCGAGGACUCCCGAACUUACGGACCGGUCACGCUCGGGCGGGGCCGGGGCUUCGUAUUCUAGGAGCCCGACUCAGAGCAAGGGCACCUGAGGCCGAACCUCGGGGGUUCGGAAAGGGGAGGAGCCAAGUCCCGAGCAACCCGAAGGGGGCGUGGCCUCAGCGGGGCUUUGGCCUCUGGAGGUCCCGACACCUGACGGGGACACCCGAAGGGCGACGCCGAAAUGGAUCUUUCGAAGGGGGCGUGGCCCGUGCUGGGGCAGGCUUUGCUCCGAGGCGCGUGGGCCGGCAUGGCAGUGUUGGCCCAGACCAGAAUGUUGACCGCGGGGUCCGAGACACCCCAGCGGGGCCCCGCGCCUCGGUUCGGGGCGGGGCCUCGUCUCUGUCAGCCCCGGGGCCUGGCGGGAUCGCCCGAGGGCGGAGUCUGGCGCCCAGGCGGCGGAGCCUGGCCCUCCCGCUCAGCAGGUGGCGAACGCGGCACUGAGCGAGGCUCCGACCCCCGAGACUCAGGGGCGGGGCUUCGCCGAGACCACCCCCCCCCCAGGCGGUGGGAGGCCUCCCUGCGGCGCGAAUCGGGUGGCGAGAGGCGUGCAGGUCUGUGGGUGACUCCUGUGCCCCUGGCCUCCCGCAGGAGGAUGCUGGUGGUGGAGGUGGCGAACGGCCGCUCCCUGGUGUGGGGGGCCGAGGCGGUGCAGGCGCUGCGGGAGCGCCUGGGAGUAGGGGGCCGCACGGUGGGCGCCCUGCCCCGCGGACCCCGCCAGAACUCGCGCCUGGGCCUCCCGCUGCUGCUGAUGCCCGAAGAGGCGCGGCUGCUGGCAGAGAUCGGCGCGGUGACCCUAGUCAGCGCCCCGCGCCCGGAUCCCCGCCAACACAGCCUGGCAUUGGCAUCCUUCAAGCGCCAGCAAGAACAGGGCUUCCAGGAGCAAAGUGCUCUGGCAGCUGAGGCCCGUGAGACCCGUCGUCAGGAGCUCCUAGAGAAGAUUGCAGAGGGCCAGGCUGCGAAGAAGCAGAAGCUGGAACAGAAAUCAGGGACCAGCGGGAGCCAGGAUGCCGGUGGGAACCAAGCUGCAGAAGAGAAUGAGGCCAGUGCUGGCCAGGCUGCUGGAGAGCAUGAGGAAGCAGGUGAAGGCUCCUCCCCUCCCCAGCCAGGGCCUUCAAAUGCGGCGGCUCCUUUGCCCAGGUCUGCUCUGCUCAUCCAGCUGGCCACUGCUAGGCCUCGGCCCAUCAAGGCUAGGCCCCUGGACUGGCGUGUCCAGUCCAAAGACUGGCCCCACGCUGGCCGUCCUGCCCACGAGCUUCGCUACAGCAUCUACAGAGACCUGUGGGAGCGAGGCUUCUUCCUCAGUGCGGCCGGCAAGUUUGGGGGCGACUUCCUGGUCUAUCCCGGCGACCCGCUCCGUUUCCAUGCUCACUACAUCGCUCAGUGCUGGGCUCCCGGGGACCCCAUCCCACUCCAGGACCUGGUUUCUGCUGGCCGCCUCGGCACCAGUGUCAGAAAGACACUGCUGCUUUGCUCUCCGCAGCCUGAUGGUAAGGUGGUCUACACAUCCCUGCAGUGGGCCAGCCUGCAGUGAACUCCAGAGACCUGUGGGCACGUGGCUGUGUCCUUGGCAAGAGCCUUUCUAGAUGGUCCCAAGCUCAUCUCCGAGUGGGAGGCUCGACCACCCUCCUGCCUCUCUCGGCAGUUAGUUUUUGAUUCCAGAUUUCUAAACACUACAUCCUUCUCAUGUCCCUCCCUGAUUCAAAGCACUUAGUGGCUGUGUUGUUUUUAUAGUUACCUAUUUCCAACUGUGAGUUUCUUGAGUGUGAAAGCUGAUUCACCUCUGUUUCCUACAAGGCUUAGGUCCCAAGAGGUCUCAAUAAACUUGUUGAAUAAA